UUGACCUUUUCAAAGCGUCAAAAUGGCAGACAGCGUGAGAGCGAUUCUUGGCUCUUCAACAGAGUUCUUAGCAGUUGCUGGCACAUUGUCAGUGUCAUAUAUUGCUUUAAAGUUGUGUUUUUCGAUACUUAAAGCGCUCCAGACAUAUGUGUUUUCAAGAUUUUCAGGAAUCGGACCUUAUCUACGCAAGAAGGGAGAGUGGGCAGUUGUGACUGGUGCCACAGAUGGGAUAGGAAAGGAGUAUGCUAUAAAACUGGCUUCUUUUGGCAUGAACAUUGUUCUCAUCAGCCGAACCCAAUCAAAACUUGAACAAGUUGCAGCUGAAAUAGAGUCUGCCCAGAAGGUGAAAACUAAGGUUAUUGCAGCUGAUUAUUCACAUGGUACAUCAAUAUAUGAUGACAUUAGGAAUAAACUACAGGGUCUUGAUAUAGGAGUUUUAGUAAACAACGUAGGUCUAUCAUAUGAGUUUCCAGAUUAUUUCCUGGAGGUUCCAGAUAGAGAUAAUUUUUUCAUGAAGCUUCUUCAUGUGAAUUGUACCUCUAUGACUAUGAUGACAAGUAUAGUAUUACCUGGUAUGGUCCAGAAGAAGAAAGGUGCAGUAAUUAAUGUAGCAUCAGCUGCCGGGUCUACACCUACACCCCUGUUGUCAGUGUACUCUGCUUGUAAGGCAUAUGUACGGUACCUGUCAGAAUGUUUAGAAUUCGAGUAUGCUGAUAAAGGAAUUACUGUUCAGUGUGUUAGCCCGUAUUUUGUGUGUAGCAAUAUGAGUAAAGUACGUAGACCAAGUUUGUUCAUCCCAUCUGCGAAGUCGUACGUGUGCUCGGCCUUGAACACUGUGGGGUUCAGCUCUGUUACCAAUGGUUACUGGCCUCAUGCAUUAACAGACUGGAUAUUAAAGUCUUUGCCAAGCACUUUAGUUGAAAAAUAUCAAUUUAAAGUGCUCCUCGGUGCAAGAAAAAAAGCAAAAAGGAAGCAGGAAAGCAAGAAAUCAAAUUGAGAAUGGACAGACCUUGUAGUUGAUUUUCAGCCCAUGUGAAGCUGUUUAAUGGGAAGAUGCCAAUGGGAAAAGAUUUGUGAAAAAUAAUGGUAACCAUCUUAGGACUUAUCUGUGACAAGAUUUCUUUUCUUCAGUAUUCCGGACUGACCAAUUACAGUCUCGAUUAAACAGGGACCAAAGCUCAAAGACAUUUUUUCUACUUAGUUUUUGUGCGUACUUUUUCUGUUUGUAUGUACCGUGUCUUUUUUAUAUGAUUGUAUGUGUAAACUGUAAUGUAUGUAAUAUUAUAUGGAAUGUAUGUUUCUAAAUUGUAGUAUGCUUACACUAAACUAUUUCGCUCUUUAUACUGUGUACUUCUGCAUAUCAUCUCUGCCAACUACAAUAUUUUUACACUGCAUAAUGAUGUAAACUGUUAGCAUACACAUAAACUUGAUAACACAUGUUUAUUUAAGAAAUAAUAAGUAUCAAAAUUAGGUUAAUCGUAGAAUAAUCCUCGUUUGGAGUUCUUAUGCGUAUGAAUAUAUCAAGAAAGCCAAAGGCCUGAGUGAUAUAUUUCUACAAAUAAGAAUGACAAACGAGGGUUAUUCUACGAUAAACCUUAUUUAGAUACUUAUUAUUUCGAUCCUAACAGGACUUACUUCAAAUAACAUUAGACGACAAUCGGAGAAGUAUUUUCAUCAAACGUAAAUUACAACUGCGUGCUACUUUGCAGCAUUAGCCAAAACAGUGUGUGCGCAGCAUACUUCAAGGUCGGUUUAUUGCAGAAUAACCAGAGAUAGAUUUUUCUCUACAAAUAUGUAGGUUAUUAGCUGGUUGUGUUAAAAUAUUUAAUAAAUGAUGUAUUGCAGAAGCAUGUUUUAAUUAAUUUAAUCAUGAUUUUUUUUUUACAAUCCAUGGAAGUAUUCAAGGAGGACAUUACUCUAGUGAAGUUUUCUGUGUGCUGUAAAAUCACUUCAUUGUUUAAACUAAUUAGAGUAUAAGCUUCUGCUAUAUUUAUUACAUUUCUGAUAUAUCUUUUUAAGUAAUAUUUAUAAAUCAAACUAUGUUGCACUACUAGUAUAUCUUUUAUACGUAAUAUCUGUAAAUCAAACAUCGUUGCACUACUAGUAUUUCUUUGCCUUUGUAAUCAAGUUGACACGAUUUCUCUUUGUGUAUUAUUGAAAUAUACAUGAUUUUUAUUUUAAAAAUUCCAGUUUUUAUUUUUCCAUUUUGGAGUUCUGGCUAUUUGAUUUAUUUACCCAGCUACCUUAGUUACCAAGUACAAUAAAAUGUGAUCCUUAGAAAAUGUCAUUAAUAUAUGCCCUAGUGAAAAUGAUUUGUGCGCGCCUAUGUAGUGAAUGGAACCAAUCCAGUUCAUUUAAUGUUUGUCAGUAGUUGUAUAGAUUUUUUUUUACUUUUUACAAUUUUAUCUGUAAGCAUUUCACCAAUUAUUGCUGUAAGUUAGUGUAAAUCGGAAGGCAUAUUUUUGCUGUGACAGUUUUGAGUCUUUUUGUUAAAGUGAAAUUGAAUCCCUGUUUGUAACAUCCUGAUUUAUUUAUAUACUGUGAUUAAAGUCUAUUAAACUUU